CUUCCGACGUCUCAGAAAUUAAAAGCCUGUUUCCUGUGAGCUAAAAUUCAUCGCAUUGGUGCAAUUUCAGCAAAGACAUGUUUUCCGUCAUUAUAUUAACAUUAAAGCUUUAUAAAUAAAACCCAUAUAUUAAUUUUGGUGCGUUUUGCGUCACUGCAGCGGCUGUUUUCCCCGGCUGUUUCUACUUUAAGCUAACUUGGCGUAAAGAUGGCGGAGGAAGAGAAGAGUGGCGAGCCUGUUAAAGAGAAAAACGAGCUGCAAAUUAUGAAGGAACUCGUGGAUGAACUGUAUAAUUUCAGAGAUUGCUAUUUUGAGACUCACAGUAUGGAGGAAGCUGGGAAGAAACAAAACGAUGUCGCACAGGAGAUCGCGAAGACUCUAAAGAAGCUGGAGGAGAAAGAAGAUCACUUUAAACACAAAGCAGAGUUUCUGCUGCAGAAGGGCAGGUGUCUCAACGUGGCUCCGGACUUCAGCGCCGUAGCAGAAGAGUGCCUUUCCCGCGCUGUGAAGCUGGAGCCCGGCCUGGUCGAGGCCUGGAACACGUUGGGGGAGCAGUACUGGAAAAAAGGAGACCUGAUCGGUGCCAAGAACUGCUUCACCGGUUCCUUGCAACAGAGCAAGAACAAAGUGUCUCUACGCAACCUGUCCAUGGUGCUGAGACAGCUGCCGGUGGUGGACAGCACUGCACAAGGCAAGCAGGUGCUUGAGAGUGUGGACAUGGCCCGACAAGCUGUCCAGCUGGACGUCACAGACGGGACAUCCUGGUAUAUUUUGGGAAAUGCCUAUGUGUCCCUAUUUUUCACCUGCGGACAGAAUCCACAGUUGUCUCAACAAGCUCUAAGUGCCUACACACAGUCUGAAAAAGUGGACAGAGCUGCGUCUUGUUACCCAGAGCUGCACUUCAACCGAGCCACUCUGUUCCAGUACGAGGAGAUGUAUGGGUCCGCGCUCGGCGGCUACAGCCGAGCCGCGGCACUCGACCCGGGCUGGGAGGAGCCUCCGGAGAGAGAGAAACAGCUGCUGGAGUAUCUGGGGAAAGUCACAGAACUCUUACAGAACAAGGGGAAGGUGAAGGCGCGUCGGUUAAGGACGAUGCUCUCGAACCUCAGCACAUCGGCUUUGGGUCCCUGCUCCUCCCCUCAGUUCCGUUCCCCGACAGGCCGCGUCGGCAGCCUGGAGCCUCGAACUCUCUCCUCCCUCUCCCACGGUCACAACGCCGGAGUGGCCGCCUUGGGAAAGGUGGUGUUCAGCCUGGCCUCUGAGGGUCGCAUGGCCUUUACGUUUGGCAUGGUGGACAGCGAGGAGACGUGCAUAGUGGUGAUGGUAUACAACACAGCGGACAGCUGGGGCGUCCUGAUAGGAGACACUGUCGUCAUUCCUGAACCUCAAGUCAAACGAAACAGUAUAACACAUAAGGAUAAGUCGUUUGACUUCAGGAGUAUACGAGUGGACUCUCCUCUGCUCCUCAUCGUCAACGGCAAGAAACAAAACGUCCACAGUCAGAUCGCUGCCUCGGUCAGCUACAAGCCUCAGAGCGAAUGAGCAGAGCGAGAAACAAGAAGUGCAGCAAGGACCAAUUUGUUCUGGUUUUGAAGAAGCGUUGGGAUGAAUACGGAUUUUCCAAAGUUUGUGCCUGUUUUCCGUGUUGUUUUGUAUAUAGAGGUCAGCCUGUUACUUUGUCUUUAGAUAGACUCUUUGUUUAUAUUUAUAAAUAUUUCUUUUUUUUGUAUUCUGAGUUCUUUUUUUGUAAAUGAAUGAACCUGUGAUGAUGACAAUGUGAUGUCAGAAUUGUGACUACAGUUUACCCUGAAAAAAACAACUUUUAAA